CAGGUGAACUGGGGGAAAACAUUUUUACAGAUCCAAAGCGUUGAGCUGAAACAGAGACAACAUGUUCAGGAUUUCUUUCAUAGUGUGUAUCUCUCUGAUACUUGGCAUCACAGCAAAACCUUAUAAACCUUUGAAUAAACUGACAGAUGAAACAUUCCAGGAUACGGUUAUGUCAGUAGAUGCCAAUGGGAAGAUGUCCUGGAAAGUAGAAUUGGAGCCUCCGGAGGACAUGGAUGAGACUCAGUAUGACAUUGACCCCAGCAUGAAGAUCUGGAAGAAGAUGACAGGAGCUGGGCAGGAAAAACAUCCCCUGAAGUCAGAAGAAGACCUCGAUGAGCUGUACCAUCCUUCUGUGCCUGAUAUGCUCAAAGUUCAAAUGCAAAACUUUGACGCCCUCCCUGCUGCUGACAUCCAGUCAGAGCCUUUACAGAAAGAUGCCAACACAGAGCGCAGUCAGGUACCAGAGGAGGAUAAAGAUGACAUGUAUCACCUUGAUUUGAGUAAUGAGGCCUCAGAAGAACCUGAAGAGGACUGGGGUGAAAUCAGUGAUGAAGGGACAGAGGCACUGGAUGUGUAUCUGGCCCCACUAAUUUCUGGAUACAGAGUCGGCACUCAGCUCCGUGCUGAGCACCCUGAACCAGAGGUUGACCAGUAUCAUAACAGCGAGCCACUGAGACGUGAGGUCAGAGUUCACCUUCAGCCAGAGGAGGACAUGGACGACAUGUACCACAGAGACAUCCAACAGCCCGUCCCUUACCAAGAUGAGGCUGAAGCUGCCAGUCCUGUUGGUCAGCCACCUCAGAGGAAGUACAGCGAACCAGAGGAAGAUCUGGAUGAUCUGUACCACCACUGAUCCUUCAGCAACAA